AUGUCCGACACAGAGCCCGAUUACAGAGCGCUGCAUGAAGUGGAGAGAUGCGCACUGUCAUACAUCAUCAGAGAUGGAUGGCAGUUUAGCGUUCCGGACAAUCAACGGCCAGACGAGCUUCAGAAAUGUAUCGCGCUUUCAGACCGGAACCUUCACGAAGCUAGAAAGCGAUUCGCUUUUCUCAAUGCCCGUGAUUUCACUGUAAUGGCUACAAACAAGAACCAGUUUGCCACCAUCAAUGCCGAGCCGUUCUGGACGGUAAAAGCCGUCAAGGUUGCAAUCAGCUCUGCCUUCCGUUGCCCUCCAUCAGAUGCUCCACGGCGUAUCGGGCGAGUCUUCUACUUCCGGCUUGAAGCGGAAAAUGAUGUUGCCUUCUAUCCUUGUGAUGGCGAAAGCAAGCGAGUGCGCAAGGGCCUUGCUUCUCAGUUUCUGCAUUUCCCGCACGUUGAGACGAUUACACGUUGGAGCAACUCGGUCUCCUUGCUGCGCAUGAAUAAAAGCGGCUACUUUGAGAAGUUUGAGGUUCUCAGUCAAAACAUAUUUCGCCCGCUCACACAUCGGCUUGGCGGUGUCUACCACACCUACGAGUGUGUCUUCUACAUUCUGCUAAGCAGAUACAUCAUGGGGGACGCCUGCGCUAUGUGGAACUGUGACAUGCUCAACUUCUUCACGAAAGAUGGGCUCUUGACCGCCAACGCCAAACAGGCAAAUACAGUUUUGAAGAACGUGGACGUGGCGGUUGUGGCAAGGAAGCAGGGCAAGCGAGGCGGGUCGCCAAUCAUGCGGACAGAUGAUUCGACAGCGAUGGCUCGAGUGAUGGCUCGGGUGAUGGCUCGGACGACGACACCGAGCGAGUUCAAAGGGAAGAAGCUCUUCACCAUGCAGGUGGCUCUCGACACAAGCUUCGGGCGACUCAAAGGCAUGAUUGUUGGCAAGAUCAGGUGCGGUGUGGCUCUCCCUAAGAGCGUCCAGAAGGACAAGUCUGAGAAGCACAAGUCCAACAUUCAGCGCCUCCGCCAGAACAUCAACCAAGACCCAGAGCAGACCUUGAUUCGCCACUGCGCCAACUUGCCCGACAACGUCACUCAGAGCAUGAUCGAUGUCCUCACUGCCAAGGGCGGAAGUCCGGAAUCCAAGCUGGACGCCAUGGCUGUUGCAUUCUUCGCCAUGGAUGAUAUGAAUACCAAGAACGACAACGUCAGCCACGUCCUGGAAAUGGCUGGGGCGGUCCUGAGGUAUGCUGUGAGCAAGCUGAGCGGGGGUGGCCCGGGGUGGCGUGGCAUCUUUCAGCGCUUGGAAAAGAAAAGCCCGAGAAUGUUUUACGAAGCGGAAGCGUUGAGAUAUGUGACACUGGAUGGGCACCAGAAGAAUUGGAAGAAAGAGUUGAUAGGUUAUUGGGGUAGGUAUGGUGGUAAGAUGGUAGAAUGGGUAUAUGGUGAUAUGGUUGGGCGGUCGUUCGUGAACCGGCGCUACGCCUCUUCCGAGCCCUUCACUGUGGGGGGCGAGACCUUUGCAUUCGUGUACAAUCCCUCGGGAGGUAAGGUGAGCCUCACUGCGGAGGAGCAGCACGGGUCUCUUGCCAUCAUCCACGAGGAUGACGAUGGCAUUACCUUUCGGUACCGAAUCUACAUCAAGAAGCGAGGCGGUAGCUUCGUCCAGUGGGGCGAGACGGGAGAUGAGUGCCAUCCGACGACGGACACCUGUGGCUGGGCCUUCGGCCCGGAUGUUUACCAGGUGGAUCCGUAUCGCUGGGCCGCCCAUCGUCCCACAGGCAUCUUUGGCCUCACGCACAAGCAGCUCUUGCAGUCGGAGUGGGUGGAGAACGACUCCCUUAGUGUGAAGUUCGAGCUCGAAGUUCGACCUGACGACUGGUAUGGCCGAGCGCCCUUGCGACCUCUGGUGGACGUGCCGGGGCCCACCAUCAGCCUCGACAUGAAGAAACUCCUAGAGGACGGAAUGGGCGGUGAUGUGCAGUUCGUCGUCCAGGGGGAGGUCAUCCAUGCGCACUCGCCUGUGCUUUGCGCCAGAUCCGAAGUCUUCGCCGCCCAGCUCAACGCCGGGCUGCGGGAAUCGGUGACCAAGGAGAUAGUCAUCGACGAGUGCGACCCGGCAAUCUUCCGGGCUUUGCUGCACUUUCUGUACACAGACAGCUUUACCUGUGUGGAGGAACUGGUGGUGAAGUCGCAAUCCGCAGGCAACAGCAGUAGCAGUGGGGGCACGGAUGAGUGCGGCAAUCGCGAAAAUCCGCGCCUGGUGCAGCUCCAGGGUCUGCUGGCAGCCAGCCACAAGUACCAGGUCAAGCGACUCCAGCUCUGGUGCGAGCAGCACCUCUGUGAGCAGAUCUCGGUGGGGGAAGUCUGCCAAGUGCUGUGCCAGGCACACCUCUACGAGGCAAAGCAGCUGGAGAAGGCGUGCCUCUGCUACAUCAAGAACCACAUGGAGGACGUGGUCGUUCUUCCUGCCUUCGGAAACCUCAGUCGAGACUGGCCCGAGGUCAUGCUGAAGAUCAGCAUUUUCACUGCAGGCGUGUCAGAAACCAGGGCCACUGCUGCCCUGGACGUGGUGUCCUGGAGGCCAAAUCCAUCUCAGGCUGGAAAGAGGAAGCGCAGCGAAGGUGAUGGGCCUGGUAGCGAGUAG